UCUUUCCUCAAUUUUCUUUUCAUAUAUAUAGGCUAAAUUUUUUAUUUUUUUGUAGAGCAUGGAUUCAAAUAAGCUUAAUUUUCAACCAAACCGCAUAUAAUUUUGAAAUCAUGGAGUAAAAAUCAAUUUGAGAAGUUAGCAAGGGAGAAUGCUAAAUUUAGCAGGGUUCUAGGCGAUUUUUUGGUUUAAGAUGAAAAAGAGUUUAUACCGUUGGAUUGGAAUUUUUCUAUCAACACGAGUGGAAAAGUCAUCAAGAGUCCUGAAUUAACUUAACUUCCAUUUUACAGCUUGAAACAGCAUAGAAGCCAAACUUGUGUUCUGCCAUUUCCAAGCACGCUGGAAGCUUGCUUCCUGCUUUCUCUCACACUCACCUCGUAGGGGACUGGAGGUCAAUGGCGUCAAAACUUCCAUUACUGCAUAUAUCCGUCUCUCCGUUGCGGAAGCCGGAGAUUCAAAGAUCAUAUUUCUGUUCCCGCCAAAAUGCCCAUUCAGUCUCAACUACCACCUCGGCAGCCACACCAGCACUUCAAAGUUCAUCAAUUUCUUUAGGUAAUAGAAGCCAUACCUUUCUCUCUCCGGAAUUGUACACUGAAGACUCCAGUUCUCUUCGAUCUGUGGCAGUCAGAUCCAAUUUGAAUUUCCCUCUUAUUUCUCCUGGCGAUCGAUGGGGCACCUGGACCGCUCUCUUCGCAACGGGUGCUUUUGGUAUCUGGUCGGAGAAGACCAAGAUUGGAAGCGCGUUGAGCGGUGCGCUAGUAAGCACCUUAGUUGGACUUGCAGCUAGCAAUUUGGGGAUUAUUUCAUGUGAAUCUCCAGCUUACCCUAUUGUUUUAGAGUUUCUGCUCCCUUUGGCAGUUCCAUUGUUGCUGUUCAGAGCUGACUUGCGUCGUGUGAUUCAAUCUACUGGGACGCUUCUCUUGGCUUUCUUGAUAGGAUCAGUUGCAACUACAGUCGGGACAUUAGUUGCAUAUUGGAUUGUGCCGAUGCGAUCACUUGGUCAGGACAGUUGGAAAAUAGCUGCCGCUCUCAUGGGUAGACAUAUUGGGGGAGCUGUCAAUUAUGUAGCCAUUUCAGAUGCUCUUGGUGUAUCUUCAUCAGUUUUAGCUUCUGGACUAGCUGCGGAUAAUGUUAUUUGUGCGGUAUAUUUUACGACAUUGUUUGCAUUGGCAUCAAAAAUACCUCCGGAGUCUUCUGUAUCAACUAAUGAUGGUGCAAUAGAGAGUGAAACUGAGCCCAGUGACAAGCUUCCUGUUCUAAAGAUUGCAACUGCUAUUGCUGUCUCUUUUGCUAUAUGCAAGGCUGGUUCUUUUGUCACAAAACUUUUUGGGAUUCAAGGAGGUAUCUUGCCAGCUGUAACGGCCAUUGUUGUUAUCUUAGCAACUGCAUUUCCAACCCAGUUUAAUCAACUUGCACCAUCUGGGGAGGCUAUAGCUUUGAUUCUGAUGCAGGUAUUUUUCACUGUGGUGGGUGCAAGUGGAAACAUUUGGAGUGUGAUCAACACGGCGCCUAGCAUUUUCAUGUUUGCUCUUGUCCAGAUCACUGUCCAUCUUGCCGUAAUCCUUGGAUUAGGAAAACUAUUUCGCUUUGACCUAAAGCUAUUGCUUUUGGCAUCAAAUGCUAAUGUUGGAGGUCCUACAACUGCUUGUGGAAUGGCCACAGCUAAAGGGUGGAAUUCUUUGGUUGUUCCUGGUAUUCUCGCUGGCAUUUUUGGAAUCGCCAUUGCAACUUUUCUUGGCUAUGCCUUUGGAGUUACAGUUCUCCAAUUUAUGUAAAAAUUGUAUGGCCAAUCUGUAAUCUGUUUAGAAAGCGAAAUGUGAUUUCAUGCAGCUUUCUUUAUGGUUACUGUAAGAAGCCAACCAAACAGCCACAUGUAGGCUCAUUGUCACUACACUGAACACGUACAUCAUCGAUUCAAAAAUGCUUUGAUCCAAAUAAAUUUUGAAGUACACAAA